AUGAUUCCCAAACUUGACGAGCUGCCGACACUCGUUCUGUCCUUGAUCUUUGACGAUAUCUAUCUCUCAUCGCCUAAAACUCUGCGAAGUUUAUCACUAGUGAACAAGGCGUGUUAUCAUGCUGCCGUUCCAUUCCUUUACCGAAAUCUAGCACUCCAAAUCUCCUCUCGCCAAAAACUCCGCGAGGACUCUGCCGAACUCGAAGAAAAUCCUUUCCGCAAAAAGUUCUUGAUUCAUGCUCGGUGUCUCAAGGUCUGGGGCCGUAUGCCCUUACUGGCCGAAGAAGAGGAUACAGCAGGCUCCCCCUCUUCCGAUCGGGAGGAAUUGGCUGCCGAACCUGCCCAUUCAGAGGAGUAUGACGCGGAGUUCGGGGGCGUUUUUACGGUUGAUCUGCCUGAUGGGUCAGCAGAGGAAGUCUCCGAGGCCUGGAAUCCUCUCGCUUUGGUGAUUCAGAAAUGCAAGCAUAUCACCGACCUUAUCUGGGUUUGCCGGAAUCAGCUGCCGCCGUGUUUAUUACAGACUAUUGACCAGUACCAUCCAUCCUGCCGACUAGACAUGCGGUCCUUCCGUCUUCGUAGCCUUGGGGACUCCGUCACCGAUCCGCACGAGCUAGACCUGAUCCGAUCGCCCCGUUUGCACAGUAUCAGCGUAAAAACGGUCGGGGUCGAUUCAAACGGCAAUGUCGAUUAUAACAGGAGUGCCAUUUUUCAGGUUGUCGCACUGGCCCCAAAUCUCAGGCAUCUUAACAUAGUAAGACCUCGCUCAGGAGCAUCCCCUCAGCUACUGCGCGCCCGUAACAGGCCGCGGGUGCCCUGGAAAGGAUUCGUGCCGCCUUUGAAGGUCUCCAAUAAAGGUGCACUCACCUCGCUCACGUAUUUUGGGAAUCGGGGCAUGAAAUUGGAUGACAUACGGGAGUGGCCAAAGUACACCGACCUGUCCAAGAUCCGCUAUUUAAUGCUGGGAGACGUGUCGGAUCCUCUGGUGUUCGGUUACAUGACGCAGAACGUGAGGUUCGCAUCUCUCGAGACGCUCGAUAUGGGUUUAAAACCGACCACUAAUAAUCGGGACUUGUUAGUCUCUGAAUUGGAGUCUCUCAUGGAGCACCUAGAGCCUCUAAAAGAAGUUCGCUUGGCAGGGUAUCUGACGGCCUCUGUGCUUGACAGGAUUCUCCAGCGACAUGGCCCGACACUGCGCAGACUGGCCUUGCAUCCCUAUAAACAUGUCUAUGGCCCACAGCCUUCACUUUCAACGAUUCGCUCAGAGGAGGUCCGGAAAAUUGAGUCUCAUUGCCCACUGUUGGAACAUCUGAGGAUUUCUAUCCCAUAUCCCGGUGUCCUUGCUCCGGACGAAUGCGACCUCUCCGACGUUUGUCCGAAUCUUCAUCGUCUUCGCGAACUUGCAUUGGACGUCGACAAUGGAAGAUCGGAUCUUCCACUUGAUGAGGCCGCUCGGAAGAUCUGGGACUUGAUAGACAAAGAAAAGGGAGGAUGUCGUCUGAGUUGUCUUCACAUAGUUGACCUCAAUACCACCACCAUCCUAGCGAGAAGAGAUAUCGAAGGAUCCGAUGAGGUUGAAUUAGACUCGAUUGAUGGUGACAGAGGGACUAAUCAGAGAAUUACGGAAAGGUUUCAUGGGCUUCCGACAGCACGGUUUCGAUUUUGA